ACCCAACUCACUCUAGUCGCUCUCUAACCAAGUCUUCACAAUGAGACUCACUUCGUCGUUCUUUGCUCUCCUCGCCACCCUCACUAUCGCUGUUGAGGCCAGUAGCCACGUCGGUGGUCACCAACUCGCUGCCAAGCACGCUCGCCUCGCGCGCAACGCUGAGCCUGCUCCGGAGGUCUCCAGGAAGAUGCGCAAGCGCAGCUCCUGCAACGCAUCUGGCACCUCUGCCCCCGCUUCCUCGUCCUCCUCCCAGCCCGCUCCGAGUGCCAACCCCUCAGCUGGUAACAACUUCAGCGGUAGUAAGCCCGCCGGGGGUGUCGUCAGCGGUCUCAUCAAGGUCGCUUCGAGUGCUGCCUGCGGUGCCAGUGGUGCUAUUCAGCAAACCACGACUACUGCUGGUCCUAACGGAAGCAUUGAUUUCUUGAACUGCGGUAUCAACGGUGCCGGUUGGAACCCUCCAUAUGUCACGGUUGACGACAUCGUCACCAAGGAGCUGUCUUCCGUUGCAUGGAACCCUAACUCUGCUUUUACUGCCUGUCAGCCUUACGUUGGUAAAUUCGAGCAGUAUGGUGCCCAGUUCGGAAUCCCCGCCAUCGUUCUUGCCUCCUUCGCUAUGCAGGAGAGUGGCUGCAACCCCGCUACCGUUGGUGGUGCUGGUGAGACUGGCCUGAUGCAGCUCACGAGUGACAAGUGUGGCAAUGCCCCCGGCGGCAACUGCGCGGACGUUGACUACAAUAUCCAAACGGGCGCCCAGUUCUUCUCCCAGACGCUGAAGGAUAACGGCGGUGAUCUGCUCCAGAGCAUUGGCCAGUACAACGGCUGGUACAAGGGUCUGACCUUCAAUGCCGCUACUGCUGCUGCUCACGGCGGCAACUGCCGCGAGCAGAACAACCUUGACUACCUCAUGCAGUUCUUGAACGGGUGGGUCCUCGACAUCAACGCUUACAGCCACAGCCCUCCUCUCGGCAAGUACUUCAACCUCAACGCUUGCCCCAACUAGGCGGCGUUCGCCUUCGCAGAUUUACAAUGUGUCUGUCUCAACACUUAUCAUUUUGGUACUUCCGUCGAUGAUAAUAUAUACCCGUGAUAGACUACCAGCUAUAUUGACUCACCUUGUGGAUGUUGGGCUCAUGGGGUUGCAUACAUUUGAUGAAUUAU